AUGGAAGACCAAGAUUUUGACUUGGGCCCUGUGUUUCGCGGUCUUUACAAUGGCGAUUCUACCUUUCGACGGUGGCUCAUCUCGAAAGAGGAACGGCGACGUCUCUUCUGGCUGGUUUAUUCCCUAGACCGCCAUUUGGCUCUCUCUUUCAAUCUCCGACUGAGCCUCCCGGACGGUACAUUCUGCGUUCGCACCCCUUUACCUGAGCAACUGUGGCGAUCUCUCGAUACAGCCGACUUGAAUUGCAUCCCUGCAUGCCCAUUAGGACCGCCGACGCGCAUCUCAGGAAGUGGAUUUUUUGAAUAUUUCUUGCCCUUGGCCUCACUUCUAGGGCAUAUCAUCGAUUUGCACCACUACCGCAACCACCCCUCACUCGGCGAAUUCAUUCCCCAUGAUUCUAUUCGGCGCGUUGAGGCCAUGAUUGAUCAGCGGCAACAAGAGCUUGCCGAAUUGGAGAACCAAGGUGAUGCUUUAUUCCCUGAUGGAGUCAACCCCUUCGCUCCGCACGCCAAUGGAGGUCCAGCCCACGGCGGAGAGACGUUUGCUUCUCCUACUGGCCUGACUUCAGGGUCAAAGUUGCCGCUGUUUAAGGCAUAUAGUACAUAUCUUCUUCACGUCUUCUAUAUCUUGCUCCACGGCAAAUGGGAUCCAAUAUCCAUGAUUGAGGACAAAGAUGACUGGAUCACCUCGGAGAGCUUUUUGACUUGCGCCUCUCACGCACUGAGUGCAACGGGCGUGGUCUCUCAGAUCCUUACUCUGGAUCCAGAAAUGACGUUCAUGCCGUAUCUUUUUGGUAUCUAUCUGCUCCAAGGCAGUUUUAUACUGCUUCUUUUUGUGGAUCGAAUGCCGGAACUUGGUCCCAAUCGAUCUGUGGAAGAGGUCUGCGAGACCAUCAUUCGCGCUCACGAAGUGAGCAUCGUCACUUUGGAUACCACAUUCCAGGUAUGUCGCUUGCAUUGCACAUAG